UUGUUUUAACGAGGAAUGGUAUAGUAUAGGGCCUCGCUCGGUCAGUGCUCCAAAACGGGGAAAAAGUAAAAUAUUUAGCAUUGAGUUCGGUGAGUCGACUCAGUUUAUCACCCGGGUUCUGUUUUGCGUCGAGCCCUUCUUUCCUGAAGAUUGUUUCUUUUGGUAGGCCGAGUUGUGUCUGCAACUCUUCGGAGAAUCCCCGGUGUAACCAAAAGAGGAAGACAGAGAUAACGUAGAACGAGCAAAGAGGGAGAGAUGGGAGACAAGAGCUCCACCAUAGCCACAGCCACAGACGACGAUUUGCUUCUGAAGAGCUUCUUCGCGGAAGUUAGCGAAGUCGAGAGAGAUAACGAAGUCCUCAGGAUCCUUGCAUGCUUCAAGUUAAAUCCAUUUGAGCAUCUAAAUCUUCCAUUUGAUUCCUCUCCAGAGGACGUGAAGAAGCAGUAUCGUAAGUUAUCUUUGCUGGUUCACCCUGACAAGUGCAAGCAUCCACAAGCAAAAGAGGCCUUUGCUGCAUUGGCAAAGGCCCAACAACUUUUACUUGAUCAGCAAGAAAGAGAUUAUCUUCUUAGUCAAGUUACUGCAGCAAAAGAGGAACUUCUGUCGAAGAGGAGGAAGCAGUUGAAGAAAGAUACUGCCAGUAAAAUAAAAUCAUUGGUCGAUGAGGGAAAAUAUGAAAAACAAUAUGAAAAGUCUGAGGAGUUCCAGCGGGAACUGAAAUUGAAGGUUCGAGAAAUAUUAACUGAACAAGAAUGGAGAAGGAGGAAAAUGCAGAUGAGAAUAUCAGAAGAGGAAGGUAGAUUGAAGAAGGAUGAAGAAGAACAGAAGGAGAUGUGGAAGAGAAAGCGUGAGCACGAGGAGCAGUGGGAAGGAACAAGAGAACAGAGGGUUUCAAGCUGGAGAGAUUUUAUGAAGACGGGGAAAAAGGGUAAAAAGGGAGAAAUUCGACCACCAAAGCUCAAGACAGAGGAUCCCAACAAAUCUUAUGUUCAAAGGCCUGUAAAGCGAGGUUAAUUGGUAACAAUGGUCUUGAGGCGAGUGGCAGUGAUAACCAGGCUUUGAUGGAGGGAUUAACACAGCGUCGGUGCACGUCUUGCCGGCUAAGACACUGUUACAUUUUUAUAAGACAUGGUGCAAUUUGUUGUGCCUUAUUUAGCAUGUGAAGGGUUUCGAGACCUUAAUUGGGUCCAACAGUAAAAAACGAGAUUGUAAAAUACAUUUAUAUUAAUAUGCUUUAGAAUGUUAGUUUUUGAAUCCUUGAAGAGUCAGUUUAUAUUGAAGUUUUAGAGGUAUAAUUGGCGUAUCACAUUAUCAAAUUCUAAAUUUGGCUGAUA